UAUCAAAAACCUUAAAAACUAAUCCUAACCUUUUAAAACUUACGUGGUGAUUUUUUAUCUCAAGUACUUACUAUCAGACAAUACGAGAAUCUAUUUAUAUCAACAGACCAUGAAAUAACAGAUUAGUGAUAUGUACGUGUUUGGCCACAAACAUGGCGAAUCCAACCUUAGCCGGUCUUUUAUUAUUAUUAACUCUAAUAUGUACCACCAAUAGUGCGCGAAUUUUGGGUAUUUACCCCUUACCCGGCCACAGCCACUAUCAUCUAGCCAGAGCUCUAUUCAGAGAACUAGCAGAAAGAGGACACGACGUAACCGUCAUCAACGCCUUUGGUGAAAAAGACCCACCCAAAAUUGGAAAAUAUAGAGACAUAUUGUUACCCGGGCUCUUCGAUCAAGAACCAAAAGACCCAAAGAGGGAAUGGAACAUGUUCAAACGGGAAGGUUUGAACCCUUUCGUGGGCGCCUACGUCGUAGCAACCAUGGCCACCAAAUUCAUUGGACACAUUCUGAACCACACCAAUGUCCAAAACCUUCUACAUUCCGACGAGAAGUUCGACGUCGUCAUUGUAGACAAUUUCCUGAGCGACCCUUUCAAAGCUUUCGCUACACAUUUCGAUGCCCCUUUGAUUGCAGUGAGUCCUGUGUGGCAAAAUAUGUGGAUCAAUGCUCUAGCGGGAAAUCCUUCACCGUCGUCCUAUGUCCCAAAUGUCCUUGCUACGUACUACCACCCCAUGUCUUUCUGCGACCGAUUGACCAAUAGUCUUCUCGAUGUCUUCAAUUAUCUUCUUUAUUACUUCUAUGUGUUUCCGCAACACAACGCUUUCGUUAAACAGUACGUUCCAAGAGGGGGUGAUUUGAACGAUAUCUUGUAUAACACUUCUUUGUUUCUGAUUAAUGGCCACCCGAGUCUAAACCAACCGUUACCUUUCGUCCCCAACAUGAUCGAAGUAGGAGGUCUUCAUAUGAAACCCCCAAACAAGCUACCCAAAGACUUACAAGAGUUUUUCGACGACGCUAAACAAGGGGUGGUUUAUUUCAGCAUGGGUUCGAACCUCAAGGGGGUUCAGUUUCCACCAGAGAAGAGACAAGAGUUUAUUAAGGCUUUUUCCAAGCUGAAACAGAAGGUUUUGUGGAAAUGGGAAGGCGAUGAGCUUCCGGACCAACCUUCAAACGUAAAAAUAAUAAAAUGGGCACCGCAGUCUGACAUUUUUGCCCAUCCUAAUUUAAAACUCUUUAUCACGCACGGCGGUUUUGUCAGUUCGAUUGAGAGUGCGUACCAUGGAGUACCCCUUCUGACGAUACCCAUCUAUGGUGACCAGAUGCAAAACGCGCAUUUUAGUGUCAAAAAUGGUUACGGGCGCUUCCUGACUUAUGGCGAAAUUUCAGAGGAAAACCUUUUGGAAAAUAUCAACGCGAUAUUGGAUAAUCCAAAGUACAAAGAAAACGCCAAACGAAGAUCUGACCUUUUCCACGAUCGACCGGUUAGCCCUUUGGACACGGCUGUCUACUGGGUGGAAUACGUGAUUAAACAUAGAGGAGCACCACACUUGAGAGUGGCAGGGGUUGAUCUUCCCUGGUACCAGUAUCUUCUACUAGAUGUUAUUGCAGCUAUUAUUACAAUCGCAUCUUUGGGAUUGGUUGUUACGUGUUUCAUAACGAAGAAGAUUUGCCAAAAAGUGUGUUCAAAACGCAAUAACAAAAAAAAGAAAACCGCAUAAUUGUAGCACAGAUAAUAAAUUAAUAAACAUGA